AUGAAAGGUUGCACCAUUUUUGUAAUUCUACUUUUUUUUAAUAAUGAAGCAUUGUGUGUUGUUCGCUACACGGAUGCAGUUACUAGACCAUCACUUACUGAGGAGCAUUUGAAUUGGAAUGCAUUUAAUGGAAAUACUAACACUGGAAUAAAAAAUGGCCGUCUCAGAGAAAACAAUGGACCUGAAAACAAACCUAUUGCUUCUUCAAUUUAUAAACAACAGACAAAGAGUCCCCAGGAUAUAAACAAUGAGAAUAAUGCGUUUAUAUCUGAUGGAAAGAAUUGUCCGACAAAAACAACAACUGGCUUAUUCCCUAUUCUAUCAAAUUGUCAAACAUUUUUAAAUUGUUUUAAAGGUCGUGGGUAUGUCCAGUCAUGUGGACCAGGAACUUUAUUCAAUCCCAAUAGCUUAGAAUGUGAUUUUCCCGCUAAAGUACAAUGUCUAGAUGGAAAUCCAUCAAAAAUUGAUUCAUCAUUCAUAAAUAGAAAUCCUAGUCAGAAUUUUGAUUUAAACGCUGAGACAUCUAAUCAAGAUCGUGUAUUUAUUAGCAACACUAAUGAGUACCAACCUCAAUCUACUAAUCAAUAUCAACCUCAUUCAACUAAUCAAUACCAGCCUCAACCAACGAAUCAAUAUCAGCCUCAAUCAACCAAUCAGUAUCAGCCUCAAUCAAAUAAUCAAUAUCAACCUCAAUCAAAUAAUCAAUAUCAACCUCAAUCAAAUAAUCCAUUAGUUGGAACACAAUUUAUUGUUGAAGGUCAAAAUUCCAAUACAGAUACUUCACAACAUUUUGGUUCAGCCGUAACCACAGAUUAUGGUUUACAAACUGGUGAGUCUAAACCACUUUAUGGAUCUAGUUUAGUGGCCAAUGGAUAUAAUCAACAAAAUCCUGUAGUACAGUCACAACAGUUUUAUCCAGAUGAACAAAAUCAUAAUUUUGCUCCACAGAAUACUCCUGGGGGACAAGAAUUUAUAUCAAGACUCCCUCCAAAAUCAGAACCAGCUAAUUAUCCAGGACAAAUUCAACAGCAACCCCCUAACAGACAAAAUAUGUUUCAAAAUCCGCCAACAAAAUCUGAGCCAAUUAAUAGAAACCCAAAUUAUCAAGGACCUGUUCAGCAACAAUUCCCUAUCAGACAAAAUUUCAAUCAAAAUCCCCCAUCAAACCCUGAGCUAAUUAAAAGUAAUACAAACUAUCCUGGCUCUGCUCAACAGCAGUUUCCUAUUCAACAAAAUUUUAAUAAAAAUCCAUCAAGGACCAAUCCCAAUGAAUAUGUGAAUCCAAUUCAAGGAACUAUACCAUUUUCAAACGGUCAGUCAAUUGUUGAAGGUAAUCAAUUUUUACCUAAUCCAAAUAACUAUGGGAUACCCGAUAAUUAUGGUAAUGUUCAAGAAACCCAAAAAACUUAUUUAUCUGAACAAGAACAAAUAAAUCAACCAAAAAAUAAGGUAAGAUUUCCAUCCCCAUAUCCUAAUCCUCAAUUCGGUUAUAAUGGAUAUCAAAAACCAGUUUCAUCAAAUCCUUCUAAUGUUAAUCCAAAUUCUUGGAUGCGAGAACAGCUUAAGGGGAGACGAGGUUCUAGUUCAAGCUCUAAUUAUAACACAAAUGAACAAUCAGAAUAUUAUGAAGAAUUCCAAACACCUAAUAAUCAAUUCAACAAACCAGCAUCGACCUUUGAUUUAGGUAAUAAACAACAAACAGAGCAAAAUAAACCAAAUAAUUUUCUGAAUAAUUAUGAUUCAUCAAGAGAUGCAAGUCAAACUCACAUAGAUUAUGGGCAACAAUCUACUAUACAAAAUGGUCAAGGUUAUAACUCAAAAUCUUCACCUGAUUAUUCAACUCACUCCGUGAUUAAUGAACAUGAACAAUCACAAUAUUCGAAUCCAAUACCACAAGAUAGACGAACUAAUGGAGAUUCGAAAAUGAAUAAACAAUUUCAAAUAGUUGUUCCUAAUAUUUCCAAACCUAUUGAUAACAUACAACAAUCAAAACCAAACACAGAUUUGAGUUUUAACAGGGAUUCGUCUGGUAAAAAAUUAUCAAAUAAUUAUAAUGGCUUACAAUACCCUAAACAAAAGGAAAAUGUAGCUAAAAUUCAAAAUUCUAGUUACACAGAUAAUAUUCAAUCCCCUUCACAAGAAUCUCCUGUAUACUCACCAUCAACUACUAAUUCUAAGUGUCCAAUUGGCUUCAAUGGUAUUAAACCACAUCCUACAGAAUGUGCCAAGUUUCUAAGUUGUGCAAAUGGUAGAACAUUUGAAAUGGACUGUGGUCCUGGAACAUUGUUUAACCCUACUAUAUCUGUAUGUGAUUACCCAUAUAAUGUAGAAUGCAAUAAAUUUGUAAAAACUACACCAACCACAAUAGAUGAUUAUAUAUAUACUACACCAACACCAAUGCAAGACGUUUAUACUCCACUCAUUGAUGUGAGACAAGAAUUUGAUCACGAAACUAGUAAUAGUGAUCUGGUAACUGAAACUGAACCACUAGAAAAUCAUAAUCAAGCUGUGUUAGAAACUUUACCAAACGAAAAUAAACAGUUAAAAAUCUUAAGAAACCCAACAUCUAUUGAUUUACCUGAUAAUUUUUUGCAAAACUCUUCUAUUAUGUAUACACCCCCUAAAACUGUAAACAACAAAGUCAACAAAAAUAUAGCAGUAAGAAUUGAUAUGAAACCAAAUAGUACUCAGUCAAUUCGGUUACGAGGAGGUCCAAAAAGUUCUGAAGGAUUUUUACAAGUUCAAGGAAAGCCUUUUCAAUGGGGUGUAGUUUGUGAUGAACUCAACUCGUGGACAAUCGAAAAAGCAGAUAUUGUUUGUAAACAGCUUGGAUUUAAAAGAGGAGCAGAACAAACAUGGCAAGGUUUAACUGUAACUACUGAUAACCCUUCUAGAUUGUUAAGAAAUAUAGGAAUUACCAAAGUAUCAUGUAAUGGCCAAGAAAGUGUAUUUCAUAAUUGCAAACUCCAAAAUGAUAAAACUUGUAACGUUGAAAGAGAUGCCGUCUGGGUAAAAUGUCGAUCAAAUUCAGGCUCUGAAUGUCAACCAGAAGAAGUGUCGUAUGAUGGAAAAUGUUAUAAAUUAUUUGUUCCUGUAUCAGAAAAACAAAGUAAAGUUCAAGAUAUUGGAUAUAGCAAAGCUGAAGCAUUGGAACACUGUCUUAAACGAGGAGGAAAGCUUUUAGAUAUUAGCUCACAAAAAGAAAAUGAUUUCAUAUCUGAAUGGUUAUAUAGACAGAAAACAGAAGGCCCUAUCCUGACAUCGGGAGUUGGUGUAUCAUUAUUAGGAAGUCCCAUAUGGAUUUGGGAGGGCACUGAAAAUCCAUUUGUAUACCAAAAUUGGUGGCCAGAUUGGGAAUUCAAAAAAGCUGUUUCACCCAAUAUCCAAACAAACCGUGCUCUAUGUAUUGUUUUACAAAAAUCAUUCCCUUGUCCUUCAAAUCCAAACAGCACAAAAUUAUGUGACUCUGAGUACUAUUACUGGGAAGCAAUUGAUUGCGGAACAAAGACUGAUAGACUACCUUAUGUUUGCGAACGAGAUGUUGAUGACAUUGGUUGUGUGAAUGGGGCCGGUUCAGAUUACAUUGGUUCAGCAAAUACGACUUCCUCUGGAAAUGCCUGCUUAUUGUGGGAAGAUCAACAAGUUUUAGUAGCAAUGAAGUAUAGAGUGUCAGAAAAAACACGAAGAUCAUUAUUAAACAAUCACAACAAAUGUAGAAACCCUGAUGGUACUGAUUUACAGCCAUGGUGUUAUGUACAAACUCCAAAUGGAAUAGUUCGAAGUGAAUUUUGUGAUAUACCAGUUUGUAACGCUGCCUCUAAAUCUCCAAAAGUCAGUCGAAUGAUUGAAGAACCAAAAUGUGACGCAGGAUUUUUUGAAUGUCAACCUAAUGAAUGUAUAACUCAAGCCUGGGUUUGUGAUAAUCAAGCUGAUUGUAGUAACGGUAUGGACGAAAAAAAUUGUUCUAAUAUUAUGGACAAUUUUAUUAAAACUUCUGAAGCUCUAUUGACAAACCAUGAAGCUGAAAAAUGGCUUUAUACUACUGUUACCACUUGCGCUAACCGUUGCAUGCAAGCAGAUGGUUUUGUUUGUCAAUCAUUUUCUCAUAAUAAAAAUGAUCAAACUUGUAUAUUGAAUGAAAAAACAAAAACUGACAACGCAACAGUUUUAGAAUCUGAUAAAGAUUGGGAUUACUAUGAAACUGAUAAAGCUCUUUGUAUAGGAAAGUUCAUUUGUGAAAAUGGAAAUUGCGUUGAUAAAUCAAAGGAAUGUGAUGGACAUAAUGAUUGUGGAGAUCGUAGCGAUGAAACUAAAUGUACUAAAGAUAUGAUGGGAUAUGAGAUUAGACUGAUGGGGGGCAAUACCACUAAUGAAGGACGUGUGGAAGUCAAAGUCCUUGGUGAAUGGGGAGUUAUAUGUGAUGAUAAAUUUGAUUUGCGAGAAGCUAAUGUCAUCUGUCGAGAACUUGGAUUCUUAAGUUCUGUUGCUGUAAAACCAAAUUCCUAUUAUGGAGUGCCAAAUAAAACAAGAUUUGUAUUAGAUGAUCUAAAUUGCAAUGGAACUGAAAAUUCAUUAUACUCUUGUCAAUUCAAAGAGUGGGGAGUUCAUGAUUGCAAUGCUCAAGAGUCGGCUGGUGUGGUGUGUAGAGUUGCCGGUGGGAAAGCUUGUUCAAAUGACGAAUUUGAGUGUAAAUCUGGAGAAUGUGUUCCAGCACGUUUCUUGUGUGAUUCGUUUGCAGAUUGUACUGAUGGAUCAGACGAAAUACCAGAACGUUGUAAUUUGCCCUUAGAGAUCCGUUUAGUUGGUGGCAACGAACGCCGAGCAGGUAUGGAAGGCAGAGUUGAAGUACGUCAGUUUGGUGUAUGGGGAACGGUGUGUGAUGAUGAUUUUGGUACGAACGAGGCACUGGUCAUUUGUAACGGUCUAGGUUUUAAGGGGACAGCUGAAUUUAAAAAAGAAGCAGCUUUUGGCCCCGGAAAUGGACUGAUCUGGUUAGAUCAAUUGCGGUGCACAGGCAACGAAACAACUUUGGACGAUUGUUUACAUGAGAAAUGGGGAUACAACAAUUGUAAACACAGCGAAGACGUGUCUGUUAUUUGUCAUUUGGAUACUAAAAAAACGAACGAUACACCGACACCGGAAACGAAGGCGAAAAGUGCAUUGCUGAAGAAAAAGAACCUAAAAGAAUUGCUGUCCCAUCAGUGUGGAAAGCGGUUGGUGACGGUGCCGAAGUCGAUGGUGCAACAGAGAAUCGCGUCGGGAUUUAAUACCGAGAGAGGUGACCAUCCUUGGCAGGCAAGUAUAAGAUCGACGACACCGGCUGGUCAAACGGAACACGUUUGCGGAGCGGUAAUCAUUUCCAAGUACCACGUCUUAACGGCUGCACAUUGCGUACGUGAUUUGGAUAAAGACUUCUACUACGUUAGGAUCGGUGACCACAACAUGGGGACACUCGAAGACUCCGAACAAGAUAUUUAUAUCGACAAAAUUUAUACUCACGAGAAUUUCGAGGUAAGCGUUAAAUUGAACAACGAUAUAGCCGUAAUAAAAUUGAAAACUAGCGGCGCGGGCAUCAAGUUCAAUCAAUACGUGCAGCCAAUUUGUUUGCCAUCUGAAGUCAUCAAAUUGAAAUCCAAUAUGAACUGCACCAUCACCGGAUGGGGAUCAGACGGUACCAUCGGUUCGAGUUUCGCUAAGACUAUGAGAUCGGCAACGGUGCCGAUAAUAGACAUGAAAAUUUGUAACGCUGCUUAUGUGUACGGAAAACAGACGAUUAGUAGCGGCAUGUUUUGUGCUGGAAACUUAGACGGCGGAGCCGACGCUUGUCAAGGCGAUUCCGGCGGCCCUAUGGUCUGCACUACAGAAUUAGGUGAAACUGUUAUGGGUAUAACGAGUUGGGGUUAUGGCUGCGGACGAGCCAACAAGCCAGGAGUGUAUACCAAUGUCCAGCAUUACGAAGAAUGGCUGUCAAAAACUUUAUUGAAAUGA